AUGAAUAUUCGCUUUAUACUCGAUCCAUUGAUAUCUUUAGACACGGGUGUGAUGAGUGCUGUGGUGGAGGAGAUAAAGUGGAUUGAUCAACGGAGUGACCAGGGCCUUUGGGGCUGGGCCCAGAUGCCAGCCGUCCUAGCCAACAAGCCAUAUGGUUCUUUGCCUUCUCAUAAACCGAAGGGUAUGUCACCAAAUGAUUUGCGCUUGCAAAUUCCUCCGACAACAUCCUUGCUGCCUGCACACUAA